UGCUGACAGUUAUUCCGGAAGUCUGGCGCGGCGGGAUAUUCAAAUCCAUUAGAUAAACAGAGGUUCUUAGCUGAGUUCCAGGGCUGGCCGGGAGCAACUCCGCGUACAGGAAUGGAGUGCAAGGCGGGAGGGCCGCCCUCCGGGGCUGCAUAUGAGCGCCUGACUGCUGAUGAAAUGGACGAGCAAAGGAGACAGAAUAUUGCGUACCAGUACCUGUGUCACCUAGAGGAGGCCAAACGAUGGAUGGAGGCCUGCCUCAAUGAAGAACUGCCACCACCAACUGAGCUGGAAGAGAGUUUGCGUAAUGGCGUCACUCUUGCCAAGCUGGGAAGCUUUUUCGCACCAGAGAUAGUGCCACUAAAGAAAAUUUAUGACAUUGAGCAGAUGCGCUAUCAGGCAACUGGGCUUCAUUUCCGCCACACCGACAACAUCAACCAUUGGCGCAAAGCUAUGUGCCACAUUGGGCUUCCUAUGCUUUUCCAACCCGAAACAACUGAUAUUUAUGACAAGAAAAACAUGCCCCGGGUCGUGUACUGUAUCCACGCUCUGAGCUUGUACCUCUUCAGACUGGGCCUUGCUCCACAAAUCCAGGAUUUAUAUGGAAAAGUGAACUUUACAGAGGAGGAAAUAAACAACAUGAAAUGUGAGCUGGACAAGUACGGGCUGCAGAUGCCGGCAUUUAGCAAGAUCGGUGGGAUUCUGGCUAAUGAGCUCUCUGUCGAUGAAGCUGCAGUUCAUGCUGCAGUCAUUGCCAUCAAUGAAGCCAUUGAAAGAGGCGUAGUGGGGGAAACCAUGUCUGCCCUUCGCAAUCCCAAUGCCAUGCUGGUAAACCUGAAUGAGAAAUUGGCAGCAGUGUACCAGGAGUUUCUCUGUCAAGCCAAAUCUAUGAAAGCGGCCAAUGCAAGGAAUAAGGCUCUGCAGAAUUCUCCGGAAACCCUAGAUAUAUACGAUCAGUGCCUCACUCAGGCUGAGAUACAGGGAAACAUCAACAAAGUCAAUGUGAAUGCAGCCUUGGAAUACGUGGAUGAAGCUUUGGAGAGAAAAGAUUCCCAGGCCCUUUACACGGCUCUGCAGGACUCUGUUCUGAUGCUGCGCAGGCUCCGCAGGGAGAAUGCAGAAUGGUACCUGGAGCAACUCACCGUAGAUCGGGAACAGAAGGGCUUGGAGCUGGGUUAUAUGGACCUGCUGGAGAGAGAGGAGAUCCAGGCAGGAGUGGAUGUAGCCAAUGAAACCUCAAGCAGAGAACAUGCCAUGGGUAAGGCAGUCGCACGCAUCAACACGGCCAUUCGCCAAGGGGACCCUGCACAAACGGUUAAGGAGCUGUCUAACCCAGAGGCGCAGCUUCCUGAUGUGUACCCUUUUGCUGCUCAGCUUUAUCAGCAGGAGUUGUCGGUGCUGCAAGGGCAGAGCCCUCAGGGAGCACUGGUACAAGAGGAGUUGUUUGUGGCGGUGGAGAUGCUUUCCGCUGUAGCUCUGAUCAAUCGGGCCAUAGAAGCCGGGGAUUUAAAUGGAUUCUGGACCAAUCUGGUGAGCGCAGCACUUGGGUUGUCAGACGUGGAAGAAGAAAACCUUCAGAGGUACUUCAACAAACUAACCAAGCUGAAGCGCCAGAGUCACCAGGAAGGUUCCCCAUUCCUGAGCUGGAAUGAUCUGCAGACCUGCGUCAAUAACACUAAUCUCUCCAUACAAGAGGAGCACGAUAAAAUCCUGGCAGUCAGCCUGAUUAAUGAAGCCCUAGGGCAGAACGACCCACAGAAAACAUUCUCCGCUUUGCUAAUGCCUGCGGCAGAGCUCACAGACAUCGCCCUUCCAGCGGCCUGUUUGUAUCAUCGAAUUCUGACUGGCGCCCUGAGGCGCAAAAAACAGAUGACCAAAGAUGACAAUGCAGUGCUUUGGUUAGAAGAAAUCAAGCAAGGCGUUUCCCAAGCAAACCUGGAGAAUGCAAGGGCUCAAAAAUUGGCUCUUGGAAUCGCUGCCAUCAACCAAUCCAUAAAGGAAGGAAAGGCCUCCCAGACUGUGCGAGUCCUACGUAAUCCUGACGCUCUGCUCUCUGGGGUGGUGAUGGAGUGUGCCCAGGCCUAUCAGAAUGAACUUGCCCGGAUAAUGAAUGCAAAGAGGAAAAAUGGUGAUGCGACCAACUACUGGGUGAAACACACGGUUAAGGAAAGGGGGGAUUUUUACUUCCAUCUGCGCACAUUUAACGGCACGUGGGACAAGCCUCCAGGGUUCAGCCCUAGUUCCACGCACUUAUCCCGGGAGGAGAUCCAGUCUGCAGUCAACAAAGUGACCAGUGGGUUUAAGAGGGAGCGGCGAUGGGAAGCCAAUACCGAUUUUGUGGUGAAGCUCCAAGCACUAAUGAGAGGUUACCUUGUCCGAAAGGCCUACGCUGAAAGGCUGCACGUGUUGCACAGGCAGGUUCCAGCCGUCACCUUAAUCCAGGCCCACUGGAGAGGUUACAGGCAACGGAGGGCUUACUUACGGAGGCUAAGCUACCUACGCAGAAACACAGCCGCUAUCAUUAAGAUCCAGUCCCUGGUGAGGAUGUGGCUGGCUCGAAGGAAAUACCGCCAGCGGCUCAGGUUUUUCAGGAGGAACAUUGCCAGCGUGAUUAAAAUCCAGGCCUUCUUCAGGGCUAGCAAGGCCAGAGAAGACUACAGAAUGCUGGUCCACGCCAAGAACCCGCCACUGGGCACCCUCCGGAAGUUUGCGCAUCUCCUGGAGCAGAGCGAGAGGGACUUCUGGGAGGAACGGGAGGUUAUGAAGCUGCGAGAAGAGGUGGUGAAAAAGAUCCGGUCCAACCAGCGUUUGGAGAAUGACCUCAAUCUGAUGGACAUAAAGAUCGGGCUCCUGGUCAAGAACAGGAUUACCCUGCAGGAAGUGGUUUCCCACUGCAAGAAGCUGACCAAGAAAAACAAAGAGCAGCUGUCCGAUCUUAUGGCCAUUGAUAAACAGAAAGGGUUGAAGUCUCUGAGUAAGGAGAAGCGCCAGAAGUUGGAAGCCUACCAGAACCUCUUCUAUCUUCUACAGACCCAGCCGGAAUACAUGGCCAAGCUAAUCUUCCAGAUGCCUCAGAACAAGUCCACUAAAUUCAUGGAGUCGGUAACCUUCACGCUGUACAACUAUGCAUCCAAUCGCAGAGAAGCCUAUCUUCUGCUCAAGCUGUUCCGUACCGCCCUACAAGAGGAAAUCAACUCCAAAGUUGACAAAGUACAAGAUAUCAUAACUGGUAACCCGACAGUCAUUCGCCUGCUGGUGAGUUUUUACCGCAGUGCCCGGGGGCAAAACGCCCUGCGCCAUAUUUUGGGAAACGUGGUUAAAGAAGUGAUACAGGACAAAACGUUGAACAUAAGGAUGAACCCCGUGGAGAUCUACAAGACUUGGAUCAAUCAAGUGGAGACUCAGACUGGCAAGAAGAGCACCCUGCCCUAUGAUGUCACUCCAGAACAAGCGCUCACACACCAGGAAGUCCAAAGGCGAAUGGAUAUCUGCAUCCGAAAUUUGAUUGCAGUGACUGACAAGUUCUUUUCCACCAUCUUGGCCAACGUCGAUCAGAUUCCGUAUGGGAUGCGUUAUGUUGCCAAAGUGCUGAAAAACUCCCUGAGCCAAAAAUUCCCCAGUGCCCAAGAGCAUGAUAUCCAUAAGAUUGUAGGCAACUUGCUGUAUUACCGUUUUAUGAACCCGGCUGUGGUAGCCCCAGAUGCCUUCGAUAUCAUUGAUCUCUCCGCUGGGGGGACACUUCACCCGGAUCAGCGCCGUACGCUCGGCUCCAUUGCUAAAGUUCUCCAACACGCCGCUGCCAACAAAAUGUUUGAGGAUUCUCAUCUCGGCCUCCUCAACCAGUAUCUAGAGGAGACGUACUGGAAGUUCAGGAAGUUUAUCCGCACUGCAUGUACCGUGCCAGAGCCAGAAGAAAGGUUUAACAUAGACGAGUACUCCGAGAUGGUGAACAUGACCAAGCCAGUCAUUUACAUCACUGUCGGGGAGCUGAUCGAUACACACAAGCUGUUGGUAGAACACCAGGAUUCAAUCGCUCCUGACCACAAGGAUCCAAUCCAUGAGCUUCUGGAGGAUAUUGGGGAGGUGCCUACAGUCCAAUCUCUAAUUGGUGAAAGUACCUCAAACCUCAGCGAUGUCGGCUCAGAACAAGCUCUGGCUCCGCUAAGGAAGCUGGAGAUGUCUCUCACUCUCACCAACAAGUUUGACAUGAUGGAAAGCAAUGCUGAAGCAAUGGACACUCAAGGACUGUUACUGAGCACAAAGCACUUGCUGGUAGAUGUUAUCCAGACACAGCCUGGGGAUACCCUAGCAGAACUUCUGUACACUUCCGCUUCUGCCCAGCAGGAAGCGUCACAUCUCUACUUGAUGAAUCAACGAGCCAGACGAGAAGCCAAGACCCCAGAAAAAAUGAAGCGCCAUCGGUCGCUGCUGGGCAACAGCCAACUUACCAUAGAGGAGAAGAAACGCAGGAUUAUCCGGAACCUGAGGAGGCUGGAAAGCCUGGGGCUGGUGUCCUCUGAUAAUGAGUAUCAGGAGAUUAUCAACAUGAUCGCUAAGGACAUCCGUAACCAGAGAAGAUACCGGCAGCACCGUAAGGCAGAACUGGUAAAGCUCCGGCAGACCAUGCAGCGGCUGCACUGUAAAACUGCCUUCCACGAGGAGCAGAUAGACUUCUACAAUCAAUACAUUAAGACCUGCCUAGAUAAUCUGGCAGCCAACCAUAAGAAUUCUGGGAAGAAUAAAAAGCAGACAUCCCUCAAUUACACAGCUGCCAGGCUCCACGAGAAGGGGGUUCUGCUUGAAAUCGAAGACCUCCCAUUUAGCCAAUUCCGUAACGUUAUUUUUGACAUAACCCCUUGUGACGAACCUGGAAAAUUCCAAGUCAAGACAAAGUUCUUGGGAGUCGACAUGGAGAAAUUCCAGCUUCACUACCAGGAUCUGCUGCAGCUGCAAUAUGAAGGGGUAGCCGUCAUGAAGAUGUUCGAUAAAGCCAAGAUCAAUGUCAACCUGCUCAUAUUCCUGCUCAACAAGAAGUUCUUCCGGAAUUAACGGCUCCUCUGCAUAAGGAAGUACUUUAUAAAAAAGCAUAGCAGCCGAUUGCAUCCCAGGUUAUGCCGGCACAUUUUUAUGACGACCCACGGAGUGGAGAUUAUGUGGACUUCAACCUAUAUAACUUUGCUUAUAGGUGUAAAACACAGGAGGAUUCCCUCAAUCUGAAUAUGCCCAGACACCCAUGCUCAGAGCAGUUAAUUACAAUAAGCAUUGGCCUGACCUGGAGAUGUAUAACUCCUCCUUGCUCAGUGUCUGCUACGUGCCAAGUAUUAUUUAUUGUCAUUUCGGCAGUGGAAUCUCUUUGAUUCCACCAAAGCGUAUUGGCUCCAUGCAGAGCAUAUAGCACUGGCUGCUGUAUUUAUAUAUAAUAUUAUAGAUUAGAGAAAUCUGUACCCAGAUAACCACGCUAACAAUAGUAAUAGUAUUGGCCCAUAUCCUCAUUUCAGGCUUCUUAAGCAUUCUCUAAUGAGGAGGAUGGGCUGUCUAAUUGUAUUUAACCAGUAAAUUGUAGUGACAAUUUCUGCCAUUUAUCUGACAGAAACUAGAACCACAUGUGCCCUGUAUAAUUCUGGGGCCACCGCAUAGAUGCCCGCACUAAUAAAAGGCUUCCUAAAGUUUUGGAAGCCAUUUUAUUGGGUUAAAUGUGCCUACGACUUGUUGCACUGCCUUCAUCAUGUUCUGCCAUUAGCCCGGGCUUAAUUUGCUAGUGGCGUCCAUGUUGGCUUAGCAAACGGCUUGGGACUGCAUUUUGCAACCGCUACCUGCUGCUGUGUAGCCCUGACUAGCGCUGAUCCAUUGGAGGUGAUGGGUACAGGUUCUGAGCAUAAAUAUUGAUGGCAACGACUACUUUUUAGCUCCAAAACUUGGAUACAUAUGUUCAGGGGAUGCACAAUAUAGUCCUAAGCCAUUAGCAAGGCCUGCUUUGGAUUCCUUAUAAUUAGAGAAACCUUAUGUUUUUCUAUAUUUAAAUUUUUUUUUUUAAUGAACACUAAAAUGCUUUUCGGUUAAACUUUUUGACAGAUCUAGAAGAAAAAAAGCUCCUCCUUUAUGGAAUUAUUCAGACUUCGAGUUAGAACAGUGAGCAGUUUGAAGCACUUCCCCACUGCCUAGUCUAGCCGUUUAGAUGAGACUGCAUUACUGCAAAAUGAUUGGCUGGAGACAGUCAAAGGAUGGCCGUCCAUGUUAUCAGGUUAGUCAGUCACUACACCUGUUAGGGGGAAGACACAUGGAGCUACUAGCAGCAGCUACUAAAAUAGACAAUGCUGAUCAUUUACUGAUAAUUGUCUCUCCGUGUGUUUUAGCAGAGGCAAUUCUCAGUAUUGUCUACGGCAGGGGAUUUUCUGGAGUUUAGUAGCCAUGAAAAAGUAGCUGCUACUAAAUAGCUCCGUGUGUCUUCACCCUUAAACACAGUACUGUGUGCUAGUAAGUUGAUUAUGUACCCAAAUGAUUGCAGAUAAAUACUAAAAAGUAUAAUAUAAAAGUAAUUCUUGAUUAUGCACCUUAAUACAUAACUUGGCCUCUGCACCUAGAACCUUCACCUCUGGCUAGCAGAUAUACCUGUGGAACGUUCCUUACUGGGAGACCUCUGAUUGUAUGAGAGGACCCGGCCAUGCUGUGGCGAGGUUAGGUUCCAUAGGUACCAAUUUACAGUCUUAGAUUCCCAUAAGCUUCAGGGAGUUCAGAAAGCAGGCACUGUGGGCCACCUUGUGUGUGUGUGUAUGUGUAUAUAUAUAUAUAUAUAUAUAUAUAUAUAUAAUAUAUAUAUAUAUAUAUAUAUAUAUUAUAUAUAUAUAUAUAUAUAUAUAUAUAUAUAUAUAUAUAUAUAUAUAUAUAUAUAUAUAUAAUAUAUCUUGUGUUUUUCAAUCAUGAGUCAAUCACUUGCCUUUAUGUGCUCCCCCUUUUCCCAACACUGGGCCCCCAGAUGUGUCAGGAAAACAGCAGUUGUGACAACAUCUGGGGACCAAAGGUUAAGAACAAGGGCCCUAAAUAUUUGGGAUGGGGGAGCAGUUUUUUGACGCUCGAUCACCCUUUGCCUUGGGUGUCCAGCCAUUGUAUUGCACUUGUGUAUCCACGAUUGUCCCCCCUCAAAUCUGUACCUUCUUUUCCUUUUCCAUGUUGUCCUAUCAAACCUUUUAAUAAAGCCACAUUUUAUAUAAA